CGUUCCAUAUCUAGGCUGCUGUGCAAUCUUAUUGUCAUGAUCCAAAGUCCAACUGUUGCAACAACGUGCUGCUACUUCAACAGCGGAAAGCACUGAAAAGGAUUUCUGAGGAUAAGGAUUUUUAAACUAAGGACUACGCACUAAACAAGGAUGACAACUCAGGAGAGCAGGAACUGAUCCACUGCUACAACAGUAUGGUGAAAAGAGUCCUAGUAGCCUACGCCCUGUGGGCGAUGGGUGGGCCUUUGGGUCUUCACCAUCUCUACUUAGGAAGAGACAGCCAUGCUCUGCUGUGGAUGCUAACUCUGGGAGGUUUUGGCUUUGGCUGGGCAAGAGAGUUCAUACGUAUUCCAGCUUAUGUCAGCGAGGCUAAUCGAGAUGCAAAAAAAGAAAGAGGGCCGCCCAAAGAGGGACUCCCACCUGUUAGCCCCGUCAGAUUUGCUGGGCAGGUGUGUGUUGGGAUCUACUUUGGCAUAGUGGCUCUCAUUGGACUAAACUCCCUCAGUUUCUUCUACUUGAUCGUUCUGCCCCUAAGCGUGGGUGCAGGGGUUCACUUGGUGUCCAGUGUUGGUCAACAGACUGCAGAUCUCCAAAAAACCCUCACUGCGUGUCUUGUAACAUCACCGAUAUUCUACGGCAGCUCUCUCUCACCUCUUCCUAUAAGCUUGGCUGCUAGCAUCACUGCUUCACAGCACCGCAGGUUCAAACCACCGAAAGCCCCUGGCAGCCAGCAGAAACUAGGUCCACGGCUUUACAGGAUUGGUCUAGCUUGGCUUGCCUUCUCUGCUCCACUGGGUUAUUGUUUUUUUUACAACACUACAGCCACACUGUAUUACCUGUCUGACUCAAUAGCUGCACUGCUGGAUAUUUUCUGGUUCCUGCCUUGGCUCAGAAGUGUGCUGGAAUACUUUCUUUUAAUGCCAUACCGCGUCCUGUGUGCACUGACUGGAGGGGGGUACCACGAAGAGGCUUGGAGGAAGGUGCUGGAAAUACUGCUGAAAGAGUACACACACAAAGAAAAAGAGGCGCUAAAGGUGUUGUCAUUGGAGACGGAGGCGUCUCUUGAGGAAAUAACUCGAAGUUACAGGGAGCUGGCCAAGACAUGGCAUCCAGACCACAACCCUAACAACGAUGCUGAGAAAAUGUUCAUGAAGGUCCAGGAAGCUUAUGAAGUCUUGAUGCGAUGGCACAAACCCCAGAGAUUCAAAUAGUAGCGCUAUUUUUCUUACAGAUUGGCCAUCAUUGAGUUUAAAAAGAAGAUCUGUUUGUGGAUACAUGACGAUUCACUUGUACAGAGAUAUAUGUCUUGUUUAUUGAGCAUCUCUCAGUUGCAGUUCCUGCAAUAAAUUGUCAGUUGGUUUCAAAUACAUUUUGCAGGGUUUGUAGGACAUGUUAUUAUGCUGAUAUGCAUUUCUUAAGCAAGGUUUGAGUGUUCUUUGUUUGUUUGUUUGUUUGUUUGUUUGUUUGGAAGAUACAUCAUCAUCACUAAUCCUUGUGGACUGAUGGAACAAGAAAAGUGUCUAAAAUAUCAAUGUCCACUGUUGCAUUUGCUGCCUUCCGGGCAAAUUUACCUGUCUCUACAUUGUCCAUACAUUUGGAAAUUUGGGAAAUGUAUUUUUUAUCAGGCAGGCAGCUUCACAUGUUCCAUUUGGCACCAAACAACAUUCUGACUUCAUCUUCAUGUUUCUAGAUGCAGAUUCACAUUUGGGCCUUUCUGCAUGUAAAUCCCAUUUCAUCUUCAUUAUCUCUUUCAGUUCUGUGUUCUGAAAGGAAGCAUGCUUUGAAAUCUGCCUUGAUGGGUUUUUUUUUAUUUGCCUUUUCUCCUACAGCCAAAACCAUGCAUGUUAUGUUAAUUGCAGGUUCUAAAUUGCACUAAGGUAUGAAUGAGUGGCUGUUUGUGACACCUGUCUCUAUUAUGGCCCUGUGAAGGACUUGUCUCUUGUACAUGCUGUAUUCUGGAUGUCUACUAUUCCCCAGUGGACAUAGAAAAUAGCUCCCCUGUGACACAUAAAGCAAGUAUAGACAAUAUACUUGCUUUAUAUUAGCAAGUAUAUUAGCAAGUAUAUUGCUAACAUAACAUUUAGUAUGUGCUAACGCAACAUUUAUUGUCUAUACUUGCUUUACUUAUAAAGCAAGUAUAGACAGUAAAUGGAUGGUUAAUUUUUCAUCUGGCAUGGUCUCUUGAUGGAAUUAUGUUUCCUGUCAGUCAGAGAGAUGCAACACCUUGAAUGGCCUCCUAUUGCUUUCUUUUAACUUCACACUCAUUUGAAGACUUAUAGACUUGUGCAGGUAUUUGUUUCAGAAGUGCAAAAGAUAAGAUAACUCUUUAAUUCUAUUGUUUAGCUGGGUGAUUUAAAAAUGUUUUCUCUAUUAGAUUUUAAAAGGAUAUAGAAUAGAAAUGUCAGAUCAAUUAUUUGGAGUUAUGUUUGUACAAAGCCAUGCUGUUUAAAUUUAUUAAAUACAUUUCUGUAAUUAAUAUUUUUCUCAAAACUUGAACAUCAUCCAAUUCAUAACAGAAUUAUACUUUGGCUAAUACAAUAGAAUUUUACACCUGUUAGAUUGUGUCAAAAACCCCCACAAAAAACAUUUUGCUGCCAUCUUGUGGUACAAAAGUAAUAUUAAAAGAAACAACGUCAUUACUAAUUUUUACCUGCUGUCAUUAUCGGAUGUAUCAGCAGGUACUAUACAUGUUUACUUAUAAGUGUUUAUAAUGAUCAAGAUAAGUGCAAAUAAUAAAAAUAACAACACACAUUUCGGGCCUUUACUUAACACUUGUUGCUGGUUUGCUAGAUGGAUAGCGCUCAAAACACACAUUCUCACUGUGAUUGUGUAAUUUCUAAGAGGCUAUGUUGCUAUAAAACUAUAAACGUC